AUAAAAACCGUCAACAUGGAUCCUUCCUUUCUUUCACUAAAAUGGCGACCACUCUCUCGCCUACUACUUCCGUCACUUUUCACCGAUUCUCCGGCCACCAGUCUCUCAGCGAUUUCCGAUCAAAAAGGUACCUGAAUUUCACGAAACUCCAGUGCACCGGAGGAGGAGACAACACAACAAGUACGGAUUCAUCCGCCACCGGUCAAGUCUCCGAGUCCGGAAACCUACUGCUCAAAACCGCUUGGUAUGGCUCCGAGCUUCUCGGAAUUGCUGCCUCGUUUUUCCGUUCACCGGAGAACAUCGAUGACGGAGCCAAUAGAGGCAUCGAGCUUGCUGGAGAUAGAGUCGGAGUAAUUGACCGAUCAAUUAUCGUUGAAACUAUCAAAGAGGAUUAUCAGAGGUCGUAUUUCGUCACAGGUGCUCUUACACUAGACGCAUAUGAAGACGACUGUGAAUUUGCAGAUCCAGCAGGUUCGUUUAAAGGUCUACGUCGAUUCAAAAGAAAUUGCACAAAUUUUGGGUCUCUUAUUGAGAAAUCAAACAUGAAGCUCAUGAAAUGGGAGGAUUUUGAGGAUAAAGGAAUUGGGCAUUGGCGUUUCAGUUGCACCAUGUCAUUUCCAUGGAAACCUAUUCUUUCAGCUACAGGUUACACGGAGUAUUACAUUAGCAAAGAAUCAGGAAAAGUAUGCAGGCAUGUGGAGCAUUGGAAUGUGCCAAAGAUGGCAUUAUUCAAACAACUUCUAAAACCUAGUAGAGGAUUUUGGGGCAACAACAAACUAGGCUAAACGUUGCCUAUAUUCAUUCAUCCUGUAUAUAUAAUUAAUUAUAUAUGAUAUAAUUUUAUUCUACAUAACACAGAGAAUUCAUGGAUAUAUAUAUAUAUUUGGUUGGGCUUAUUCGGUUUGCGAUAUAGGUCGAGCUUUAAUUA